GCCCUCGACAAUGGCAGCGCACUCCCGCCCAAUGUACAGGCCAGAUCGCCUCUCUCCUCCCUCUUCUUCGUCAUCUUCAUCCUAUACAUGUUCACACGACAAACCAGCGACGAGCUCAUCGCCCGUACUCACUUCCAGGACAACCUCGCUGUAUGGCGCAACCAGCUCAGCAACUUCACUGCUUGGAUAAAUGGCUCUAAUAGUGACUUCUCGCUCCCCACACCCCGCUCAUCCACCCUCCCCCUCGUCCACUCCUUCCUCUCCUUCGGCGACACCCUCGACCCGCUCGUCGCAUCGUACGCGCCCAACAUCACCGGCUUCAUCCGCGGCGACGUCCGCCUGCUCAACAUCACCCCGCCCGCGCUCAACGGCACCGCCGCCGCAUGGGUGCCGCUCGCCAACGCGUACAUGGGCUCGCCGAACAUGACCGAGCUCGCGCGGGACAUGGGCACGUGGAACUGGACGACGAGCGACAAGAUCAACUGGAACGUUGUCUCGCACUAUCCCAAAUGGACGGAUGGAAGGGAGCAGCAGGGCGAUGUUGCGCUUGUGCAUGGACGCGUGGACUUUUUCGACGAUGAUGCGGACGAGGAGAUGCGUCUUAACUUCGAGGGUGUGCAUUUCGUGUCGAAUGGCUCGAUCUACGGCUUUGCGGAACCCUAUACCCGAAGUAUUGACCUACGGUACCUCCCAGCUCUCGUACCAGAGGAGUUCAGGAACGCGACUGCACAAGCGAUCGUCCCCGAGCUGACUUCACGAAUAACCAAGCUCGAGGGCAUGGUAGAUGCGGGAAUGGCAGACACAGACACGGGCGGCGGCGAAGAGGAACCCCUUUUUUCGUCUUGUGGCUUCAACUUCUACGCACAGCUGGCGCCUUUAGCGCUGCCCGUGGCGCGCAUGGCGAUCGUAGAGGAGGAGAUCCAGCAUCCAACCGGCCUGCCCGUCGACAUCCCGCAACUUGACUUCCGUGGCGUGCUCCUUAGCCGCGAGUGCGGGCUGCUGUACCAGAUGCACUCGACCGAGGCGUUGCGGAGUCAGAUAUUCUUUCGCAAGGUUACGACGUACGCCGGCUUCGCCGCAUUCAUCUACCUCGCCCUCCUCCUACUCUCCGCACGCCAGAUGGACGCGUCCCAGACGCCCGCGGGCCUCUCGCGCGCGUGCUUCUGGACGUUCCUCGCGCAGGCCGCGAUGGACGCCAUCUCGUUCGCGGGGCACAUCACGUUCGCGAUCCUGACGAGCGGGCGCGCGAGCCGCGCGCUCAUCGCGCCUGCGUUCUUGGCGUGCAUUGGGUUCGCGUUCGAGAGUAAGCAUGCGAUUCAGAUUAAUCAGGUGCAGGUGCCGGAGGAUACGGUGAGGGCGCCGGCGACGGUGGUGCCGCUACCGCCUGCGACGCCGCCGGUGCCGGUUGGUGCUGGGGCGCAGGUUCCGGGUGUAGAGGGGGAGGAGGCGAGUGUGGAGGAGGGAGGGGUGCCUGCGCAAACGACAACCGUGGCUGCGACUGUACCAGCGCGCCCUGCUGUUCCGGCACCCCAACCGCAAGCGCAACUUCCGCAGACGUUCCCCGGAUUGUUCUGGCAGCACUUGCGCACAGACCCGCAAGCCCGCAUCUGGCUGGGCAUGUUCCUCUUCCUGACAUUCAUCGUGCGCGUGAUCGUCUCGCCGUCGCUCGCGCUCCUCUUUCUCGCGAGCAUCCACAGCGCCGUGUGGCUCCCGCAGAUCGUGCGCUCCGCGGUGCGCGGGCGCACGAGCGGGCUGCGCGCUGAGUACGUGGUGGGCGUGACGGUGUGCAGGGUGGGGCUGAUUAUGUAUUUUUUGGCGUGUCCGAAGAAUAUACUGGACGUUGAGCCGAGACCAUGGGUCUGGCAGCUCGCACUCUUCAUUUCCUUCCAAGGCGCCAUCGUGCUCCUACAGACACACCUCGGCCCCGCGUUCUUCCUCCCCAAGCGCUACGCCGCCGCACACGUAUACGACUACCACCCGCCCCUCCCGCCGCGCCCGUCCGCGGGCGACCCCGAGGCAGGCCACACCGACGCCUCGCUCGGCGACUGCGCGAUCUGCAUGGAGGCCAUCCGCGCCGAGGACCCCCGCGGCGGCACCGCGAGCGCCGGGCGGCGGUCCACGUCUUCGUUGGCGGGGGCUGCUGCGCCGAGCGGGGUGGGCGCGGGCGUGGGCGUGAGUAUGGGCCUCCUGAAGCGGGUGGGGACGAGGCGGCAUUAUAGCUUGGCGCCGUGCCAUCAUUUGUUUCAUACGGAGUGUUUGGAGCGGUGGUUGGCUAUUAAGAAUAUAUGUCCGCAGUGUCGGAGGUUGUUGCCGCCUCUGUGAGUGGAGUUCUUAGGUGGGAGAAGAGUGGGUUAAUGGCUGCUGUCAUCUUCUGUUUUCUUUCUUCUGUUUUUGCUUUCGCUUGGCAAGAAAUGUACAUACGCAUAACCCACAGCACCCCUGUAUAAUCUCCAUAAUACCUGCAUACAUCCACCUCGUCCAUCUCAUCUCCCUCGUACACGUCCAGCUGCGGUCUGAGAGUAGUCCGUCCGCGCCAAACUAUCGCAUUGUCGUGUCCCACCCUCCGACGUACCCCUCAUCACCUCCAUCCGCCGCUCGACUUCCUCCUCGCUCCAAUUAAAGUGCCCGUCGCCCUGCCCGUCGCCCGCCGCACCCGGACUUGAGUUCUGAACGGCGCCGAUCCACACCUCGACGGGGUCGCCGCCAGCACCAGGGACGGAGCCGACGCGGUCGAGGCGCACACCGAGCACGGCAUGCGCAAGCGCCCAGAGGCUGCGCUCGGCGGGGUCGCGCUGUUUGUAGCCGAGGAGGAUGAGCGGUGGUUGGGUUUUUUGAGGGGACGUUGAUGGCGACGUUGCAGUGGUGGUACCGGUGGCGAAC